AAAUCAACUAGACCUAUUCCUUAAUACAUUUAUUAUAUAUAUAUAUUAUCAUUUGCUUUCAGGUGAACCCCGAAUAUAGGUGAUUAGCAGGGAGAUGAAACUUUCAGUGGUGUGUUGGGACUAAUACAUGCAUAUCAAUGGAAGGGGAAGCGGUUCGAACUUUGAUCACUUGUCCCAUAUGUAGGAACGUGAAGAGAUUCGCCAAAAAGCUGCAAUGUCAGCACUCUUUCUGUGCCAGCUGUAUCGCAGAUUAUAUGUGUUCCUUUACUGGGAAAGUCUCGUUCCCAUGCCCUGUUUGUCAGUGUGGUAAUGCAGGCGUGGACGAAACUGUAGAUAUAACAGAUUCAUUUCAACUGCCGGAAGAUGUGUUCAUACAGAAGCUUUGUGACGGCGCCAACAUAUCUAACACCGGGACUUCAAAUCAGCCAGAAUGCCCUGUACAUCCGGGGAACACUAUGUCAUACUUCUGUAUGCAGUGUGAUACAAGUCUAUGUGAGACAUGUCGCUCCGAACACCAACACGGAACCAGUUGUCAGGUACUAGAUAUACAGGAAAAUGCUGACACGAUACAAGAGGUCAGCGCACAGAAAUCUGAAUCACUGAAGUAUACGUUAGGACAGGCGACAGUGGAGCUGUGUAGCAUUGAGUCUGCUUUACAACCAAAAGAACAGGCAAUAGUAUCAUCCAAAGAGGUCACGAAGGACAAGGUGAAAGCUUAUUAUGCAGAAAUUUUGGAGAACGUGACACUCUAUCUACAAACGCAGGAACAAAAAGUUCUAUCUCAUCUUGAUGAAGUAAUUAAAAAAGAAACAGACUAUAUUCUUCAGCGUCUAAUUGUCACGUCAUCACUGUUGACGUCACUCCAACAGCGUAAGGAUGUCCUUGCACAUAUAAUGGAAAACACUGGCAAAGCCCUGUCACAGGCGGAAAGUCUGAACAUGAAGAUGCAUAUGAUGAACAACGUCGCCGAUUACAAGACAGUAAUACAAGAUUUAAAGAGCGCGUCCAUGAAAGAUUUGACCCUGAGAUUCAUGAUCAAUACGGACCUAGAGGAUAUGUUAACAGAGUGUGAUUUAGUGAAGAUCGAGUUGUUGAACAGCUGCCAUUCUGACCCGAUCCCUGCCAUGUUUAACACUCCCAAUGCUUCCAGACAGAAUGACCAAAAUGGUCAGAGAAACAGAUUGUCAGAUCGACAAGAUCAACGGAGAGUACAGAUUCAAAGCCAUGACCCCAACUUAACAGAUCGAGGUCGUUCUGAAAAUAGCCGAUCGUCUGGUGUUAGAUCGGGGUCGACAGAGCGGCGCCCAAGAACGAAUGACAGAAGACAGAAUUUACCUCCAUAUUCAGCGGAGGGACGCCAUUCAGAAAACCGAGGGUUGAAACCUCCGAACCGAGGUUCCAGGCCACGGCCACGUUCAAAAAGUCCAAGAGGUAUUCCCGACGAUAUCGGGCCACCUCCUCCGUACUCCCCUGAUCUGAUAGAAAUCGACAUGCCAACUCCUGGCCGCCAAAGUCGAAGGCCAAAACCGUCAGCGCCACCAAUGCCUAACCAACAAACAUCAAUUGGGCCUUUCAGGAGACCACCACCCGUUGCUAUGACAAUACCAAAGGUCGGGGUUCUAGUACCUCACGAAAGAGUCAUUCCACAAAUCACAGAGAAAAUAAGCAAUGUUCAGUACCAGCAUAUGCUGGAUUCCAAGGCUAAUGGUGACACACGAACACCCCGAAUUAUUGGUAUUGCAGUUAUUGGAAGACGAUUUAUACUAGCAGAUAAAUGGAACAAUAAUCUGAAGAUAAUAUCUAAGGACAAUCGUCGAAUAGAACAAGUUGUACCGUGCCAAUCCUUCCAGCCAUGGGAUAUCGCCUCUUACGCUGUCGGUCGCUGUGUGGUUGCCGCACCAAGAGAGAAAAUUCUGGUGUUCGUAGGACGUGCUCGACACACAUCACAAAUACAAGUGGUUGGCAAAUUAAGUGUGCCAGCAAGAUAUGCUAGUAUAACUUACUUUACAAGAGAUGACAAUUUCAUUUGUGGUAUCUGUCCCCCGUAUGGUGGACCGAGUAUUGACAUACUGACAACAACUGGUGUUGUGCUACGGUCCUUCCAGAGUGAUUCCUUUGGGAAACCAUUGUUUACGUAUCCCCGGAACAUAUCCGUGACAGACGAAGGAACUAUAGUUGUCUGUGACCUUGACACUCGUAGUGUCAUCCUCGUCAAUGCUGAUAAUGGCAUGUACAAGAUGUUUUCUGGUAAUGAGCAGGUUCAGCUACAGGAUCCGCAGUGUGUUGAGGUUCUAGAGUCGCACCAACUCGUCCUCGUACUCAACUCAAAGGUCAGAAAGUUGAUUGCUCUUUCCUUCUCUGGAGACGUCAUCCAACAGGUGGACGAUGUUCCUGUUCUUGAUAACGCGCGGCGUCUGGUGACGUAUGACAAUAAUCUCGUGUUUGUGCACCAGGAUGGUGCAGUUACUUUCUAUACCUUCGAGUGACGUCAAUUGUCAAUAUACAUACCUUCGAGUGACGUCAAUUGUCAAUAUACAGACAGUGGCUAGUCCAGUUUUGUCACGUUUUCAGACAGUGGCUUUUUAUAGGUGCUUGGUAUCAUUUUUAUUACGUGUUAAGACAUUGGCCGGAUUCUUAAUAGUUCGGUAUUGUCUCGUGUUCAGCCAGUGGUUUUAUAUAGGUGCUUUAUAUUUACAAACUCAUAUCAUUCUAUGAACUUCUGUCCAUUGUGCUUCGUAACGGAUUGUCAAACAACAGUUUUAUAAGCAACGACACACGAUAGAUAAUUGUUUACACCAUUGAUGUUUGGGUCUUAAGAACCCACGUUACACAAGUCUUGGUUCUCUUGGCGAUCUUGGCGAUAUAACGUCGUGACGACAAAGUAAACAGUUCUUUAUAAACCAACAUCACUCUCAAAUACAACACAACACAACACAACACACAGUGCCAAGAGAAAUGAUCUUCAUGCACAAAGAUAGGUAACAAUACCGGGCAAUAUUAAAAGAAUACGGUUAUUCAUAUAACGUACACAAGUCCCUGUGAUAAAAUAAGGUGUAUCAGUAAUGUUGUCGAGGUUAAACUGCCUCAGAAACCUAUAGUAAUACACGUGUAUUGUUAUUUAGGACUCUGACCAUCCUGCCUGCACUCAAUCCUCUUCAAUUAAAAUGCAUUCGUUACAAUCGUAAUAAAACUCAGUGAUGACCGUUUAAGCUCAUUUCAGUUUAGUUCAGAACGUUCUUACUACAGCAUUACGGCUUCAUACAUACAAAAUUUUUAAUGUAAAUGAAAAAAAACACACAAAUAACUGGCAUUCUCACCCCCACGCACAUUACAUGUGACAUAGUGUAUAGGGUUCUAAUAUUACAUUUUUACAUAUUCUUUUAUCUUAUAGCACAUUCUUGAAAACUUCAAAACAAAAAAAAAA